GGCUCGCCUGCCAAACCCGGCUGGGAACGCCUGGGCGCUUUUAGGACGGGGCGGGCCCGGGGGUGGUGGCCCCAGGAGCGGUUGCCGCGGGGACCGGGCAGUGACGCGGCCCAAGGGCGGAAGUGAGAAAGUUGUCUGCGUCUCGAGGCGAGUUGGCGGAGCUGUGCGCGCGGCGGGGAGAUGGGGGGCUCGGGCAGUCGCCUGUCCAAGGAGCUGCUGGCCGAGUACCAGGACUUGACGUUCCUGACGAAGCAGGAGAUCCUCCUAGCCCACAGGCGGUUUUGUGAGCUGCUUCCCCAGGAGCAGCGGAGCGUGGAGCAGUCACUUCUGGCACAAGUGCCCUUCGAGCAGAUUCUCAGCCUUCCAGAGCUCAAGGCCAACCCCUUCAAGGAGCGAAUCUGCAGGGUCUUCUCCACCUCCCCAACCAGAGACAGCCUUAGCUUUGAGGACUUCCUGGACCUCCUCAGUGUGUUCAGUGACACAGCCACGCCGGACAUCAAGUCCCAUUAUGCCUUCCGCAUCUUCGGUGAGAACCAGGAGCAGCCCGGCAGGACACCACCCCUUCCCACAUGGGCUUUGUGGUGGCCCUGCUUGGGAAAUGGCGUGCUUGUGGAACCUCAGAGCCCCUCCCAACCGUGUCUUUUGGCUUCCUGUGUCUGUUCUCUAGACUUUGAUGAUGAUGGAACCUUGAACAGAGAAGACCUCAGCCGGCUGGUGAACUGCCUCACGGGAGAGGGCGAGGACACACGGCUUAGUGCAUCUGAGAUGAAGCAGCUCAUCGACAACAUCCUGGAGGAGUCUGACAUUGACAGGGAUGGAACCAUCAACCUCUCUGAGUUCCAGCACGUCAUCUCCCGUUCUCCAGACUUUGCCAGGUAUGACAGUGGUGCCCCUGCAUUCUGGGUACCUGCAGGUCCCGAUUUGCUGCCUCUGGGCCUAGGACAUUGCUACAGGAGGUGGUGCCAGGGUGAGAGAAAGCCCCAGUCCACACACACAGGGCCGGCUAAGCUGGCAGUCUCUCCCCAGGCAGGGGCAGCCCUCCUUGUCAAGGCCUCUCCCCUUGCCACUGCCAUUGUCAUUGCUCUGUGUUUGUACUAAUUAGUAAUAACGGUUUAGAAGCUCUGACCCUGUGUGUGGUUCCAGAAAGCUCCCUCUGGA